AUGGCAUUUGGUCUUCGGAUUGGAAGACCGCGGUGGCUUCUGACGAUAUGGUCUUUCUUCAUAGAUUGGACAUGGCAUUGGAUGCCAUUAUUGCCGCGCCUGAUCGGUCGCUCCCCUGUUGGAGACGUUGAAACCAGAGAAUUGGGUUCCAGUGAAAAUAAUACUGCCAGGAUAGAGCAUGGCGAGGCCUAUUCGAAUACAAGGGACGCCCAAGGCCAAUUCAUUUCGGGAGGCAUCACAGGGAUUGUGGAGCUCCUGGAUGAUGGGACCGCGCUCAAGUCACCAUUUCCUGAUUCAGACAUCGAAAGCCACGUCUUAGACAUCGCCAAAAAAGCCACCAUCUAUCGUCGUAUUGGACCCCAUAAGAGGCUUGUUCAGCUACUGGGUCAUUCCAGGGAUGGUCUCGUGCUUGAAUAUAUGGGAAAUGGUGAUCUCAAGACAUAUCUACAAACCCAUAGCUCGAUACCCACGAACCUCAAACUGAAGUGGGCAUAUCAAGCCGCGGAGGCCGUCGAACUAAUACAUAGAAACGGGUUGAUUCGUUGCGACGUAAAGCCACGAAACUUUCUGUUGGAUGCGGCUCUUGACAUUAAGGUCAUUGACUUCUCCGGCUCGUCGCUCGACGGGUCGAAGCCCGCUUCUGGCGAAGGCACACGAUUUUUCCUUCCACGCCACUGGGCAGCUCAACCCACCGUGGCUACGGAUCUGUUCGCCCUUGGAUCGACCUUGUUCGAGCUUUUUCAAGGCUCUAGUCCGUACGAAGAGGUUCCUAGUGACGAACUACAAAGACUAUAUCGAGAGCAAGAAUUCCCCGAUGUCUCUGACAUGAUAUGUGGGCCAGUUAUCAAACAAUGCUGGCUAUCGGAAUUUGAAUCGGCUGCGCAGGUGCAGACUGCUGUCGGCGAUAUCAUUUCCGCUUCGCUUAACGUCGACUGUACUCAUCUCGAUGGUUUGGACACCGGUAAGGAUAUGUUGAUUGAGCACGUAGGAUCUCCUAAACACAUUGCACAGUCUAGACCGCUGUGUUGUUCAGCACCAAGUGUGCUCUCUAAAAAGUAG